UAGUUGUGUUUCAUUUCCUGCACCAAGAGCGCUUCUCUCUCUAUAGCUCGUUCGGUCUCUCGGAGCAGUUCCUAGGGUUUUCUUCCCCUCGAAACGCCGUCGUUUCGACCGAUUCUUGCUGCCAAGUCGCCGCAAUGAAGCUCACUGUGAAGACUCUGAAAGGCAGCCAUUUCGAAAUCACGGUUCAGCCCUCCGACACCGUUAUGGCUGUAAAGAAGAACAUUGAGGAUGUACAGGGAAAAGAUAAUUACCCAUGUGGACAGCAGUUGUUGAUUCACAAUGGGAAGGUCUUGAAAGAUGAAACAACCCUGGCAGAGAAUAAGGUCUCUGAGGAUGGGUUUCUCGUUGUCAUGCUUAGUAAGAGUAAAACGUUGGGCUCAGCAGGGGCGUCAUCCACUCAGCCUGCUUCUAUAAAUCCACCUAUGACUGCGCCUGUCUCUAAUUCUACUCCUGUACCUGAAGCUUCUGUACAACCACCGGCCUCAAAGAGCACCGCAUCAGCUUCAGACACUGCAACAGCUAGUGUUCCCACUGAUACCUAUGGACAAGCUGCUUCAAAUUUAGUUGCUGGUAGUAAUCUUGAGCAGACUGUUCAACAAAUAAUGGAUAUGGGUGGUGGCAACUGGGACAGAGAAACAGUUACCCGAGCACUUCGAGCAGCUUACAACAACCCUGAGCGAGCAGUAGAUUAUCUAUAUUCUGGUAUUCCAGAAGCAGCAGAAGUUGCAGUACCGGUGGCUCAUUUACCUGCAGGUCAGGCAACUGAAACAGGUGCAGCAGCUGCACCUGUGUCUGGAGCACCUAACUCUUCACCCUUGAAUAUGUUUCCUCAGGAGACCCUUGCUGCCGCUGCUGCUGGUGGAGGAGGAGGACUUGGAUCCCUUGAAUUUCUUAGAAACAACCCACAGUUCCAAGCAUUGCGCUCAAUGGUGCAAGCAAAUCCACAGAUAUUACAGCCCAUGCUUCAGGAGCUGGGAAAGCAAAAUCCCCAGCUUUUAAGACUAAUUCAGGAGCACCAUACGGAGUUUCUUCAGUUGAUAAAUGAACAUCUCGAGGGAUCUGAAGGGGAUGCGUUUGAGGAGCCUGAGCAAGAUAUGCCCCAUGCCAUCAAUGUCACCCCGGCUGAGCAAGAGGCCAUAGAAAGACUAGAGGCAAUGGGAUUUGAUAGAGCACUGGUCAUCGAGGCCUUUUUGGCAUGUGAUCGCAAUGAGGAAUUGGCAGCCAACUACUUGCUGGAGAAUGCUGGAGAUUUUGAGGAUUGAAUGGUGAACCUUCAUUGGGUUCGUAGUUUUGGUUUCUUGGAUUCAUUUCUCGAUAUAAUUUCUUUACUUGGAUUAAAUCAUGUACUUUAAUAAUGAAUUCUGGCAAUUAAUUCUGUGAAAUUGAUCUAUUUGAGUAUAGAGUGUGGCAAAAGUGGCAUCUAAUAUAAUAUAAGUUUCACAAAUAAUUUUUCCCCAUCAA